ACAGCUGUCAAACGGUGUUGAGUUUUCGUUCGCGCCCGUGAAUUUGCGCUCCUGUUGCCGUUUCCCGUGUUAUUUCGUGAAUUUUGCUCCCUAUUUCCGGCGAAAUCGUUCCGGAACCUGCAACGCCGAUGGACACCGCCGUGGAAAAGUCCUGCCUGGACGAAAUCAGCCACACCGUGCUCGAUUCCAAGGGGAAGAUUUCGGUCCGAACCUUGUCCAACAACUACGAGAUCAGCUUCGCUGAUGCCGUCAAGGUGCUGCAGCGCUGGAUUGACGCAAAUGGGGCGAAGGCGAAGCUCUCGCCGGAGUUUAUCGUGCGGGGAACCGACUCCAAGGGAACGCCCUUUAUCACGGUUGCGAAUGAGAAGCGGCUGAAGGUGAUCAAGGCCAAAGCUGAGCAGGUUUCCAGCAUGCUGUACGCGCUGGAGGUGGCGUCAGAAUGUGGUGGGAAGUUGAACAUUCCGGUUGACCAGGAAUUUCGAGCGAUUUCUCUUCCACUGAAGACGGACAAACGGGACGUGAAGGUGUUUGUUCCGGUGGCCAGUGCGCCGGCGGCGCCGGUGGUAAAGCAGGAGGCGAAGCCGAAAUCGAUAUUUGGGGCCAGUGGAUCCAAGGUUGCACCGAAGGCGGAACCUGCAAAGGCUCCAGCGGUGAAGGAGGAAAAGCAGAGUCCUCCACCUGCGGUGGAGGUUAAAAAGGAAUCUCCACCGAAGAAAACGGCAAGUUCCCCCACCAAAGUGUCCCCGAGCAAGAAAAAGGACGCCAAAAAGCCGGUGGCCACCGGGAAGAGUUCGAUUGCGUCGUUCUUUUCGAACAAACCUGGGGCGGCCAAGCCGGCCGCACCCAAACCGGUUGAGAAACCCGUUGAAAAACCCGCCGAGGUUAAAGUCAAGGAGGAAAAGCCUUCUCCGAAGCCGGAUGCGAAAAAACCCACCAAGGAGGACGAAACGCCACGCUGGAAGCGGAUGAUCUCCGACGAAUCUUCCGGCGAUGACGAGGUCAUUCCGAGCACGCCGCAGGAUAAGAAGCCGGAGAAGAAGAAGGGCGGCGUCCGGAAGCCGAUGACCGUCAAGAAGGGGGCCGGUAAGGCCAACCCGAGCAAGAAGAGUCGAAUCGUGCAGGUGGUGGAUUCCAGCGAAGAGGAAGAAGAGGAGGAUCGCGCGUUGAAGGAACCGGAGGAGCGGCUGGUGGCGUUCGAGGUUGAAGAGUCGGACGAUGCGGAAAUGAAGGACGUGCAGGAGCUGAGCCCGGAGAAGCCGGUCGAGAACGACUCGAGCAGUGCGAAUCGGGGUCGGGCCAAGGUUAAGAAGCUGGUCACGAAGACGUUCAUGGAUGAGGAGGGGUAUUUAACCACAAUCAAAGAAUAUCAAAUGGUUUCGGCGUCGGAGGAUGAAGGGGAGGGUGAAUCAGCCACCACCACCAACAACAACAACUCGGAAACAAACGGGAAGAAGGAAUCUACGGCCACCGGCAAGACGGGUAAGUCGGAACCGAAAACGGAUAAGAAGGCUGCACCAGCGAGCAAGGUGACGCCGCCAACCCCGAAGACCAAACAGGGAUCGAUCAUGAGCUUCUUCGCGAAGAAGUAGAAACUACGAAGGGGAAGUAUUGUUUAGUUGGUAAUCAUUGUUCGUAAGUAUUGUGGAGGAUUGUUGAAGUUGUAAUUAAAUUUCCUUAUAAAGAGAA